UCUUGUUCAGUCUGUUUGAAGUAACAGAAAGGGAGAGAGAGAGUCUUUGACAUUGUCCCGUAAAGUGUAUUAUUGUUUUGGAAGCCAAACAGCACAACGGAUUUAUCAUGUGGGAAUCACGUCUACCGGGGCAGUUCUUUGUCACAUCAAUACCCCAACACAAACAGGCAGCGCUAGCCCUUUAGGCUGAGGAGUGCUGAGUAUGCUUCAGCAGUCUGAGCCCAAAAACUCAAUCUGAUCAUAAGCAGACAUGAGUGACACUGUGGAGAACCUGGACACCAGGGAGCUUGGCUUCUCAGAUGCUGAGGAUGAGCCUGAAGAGGUGGACUUCAGUGAGUUCAACCCCUCAGGAGAUUGCCGCAUCCCGUUCUCAGCCGUGUACGGGACUGUUGGCUUUAAAGAGGCAGAAGCUCAGGUCUACCUGACCACUGUCCCCAUCACUGCCAAGAUUCUAGAAGCUGAGCGCUUCACCAGGACUGCAGACCGCUUCAAUAUCUCCAAACACAGGAGCAUGUCCAAGGCAAUGCCAGCAGUGUUUAAGAUAGAGCUUAAACAUGGGAAUUUCACUUGGGUGGUGAAAAGGAAAGAGAAGCACUUCAUGGAGCUGCACAGAGAGUUGCUGCGCUACAAGACCCUCAUGAGGAUCCCAUUACCCACUCGAAGUCAUACGGUGAGAAGGAAGAGCAUUAAGCGGAGCGAGGUGAGGCAGAUGCCUGUUCUGCCUCGGGGAGGAGGAGAGGAGCUGGCGCGAGAGGAGCAAGUGUCUAGUAGGAGGAAACAACUGGAAGACUAUCUAAACAAGCUGCUGAGGAUGGCAAUGUACCGAAAUUACUAUGCAACCAUGGAGUUUAUUGAUGUGAGCCAGUUGUCCUUCAUUCAAGACUUGGGCCCAAAGGGCUUAGAAGGCAUUGUUUAUAAAAGGUCAGGAGGUCACCGUAUCCCUGGCCUGAACUGCUGUGGCCACAAUGAAAUCUGCUACCGCUGGUCAAAGAGGUGGCUGGUCGUGAAGGACUCUUUUCUGCUGUACAUGAAGCCAGACACAGGUGCGAUUUCAUUUGUCCUGCUGGUAGACAAUGAGUUCAGCAUCAAAAUGGACUCCAAACACACAGAGACCAAACAUGGAGUGGGGAUAGAAAAUCUGUCUAGGAAACUGGUACUAAAAUUCACUAGUUACAGACAUGCAAGAUGGUGGGGUCAGGCCAUUGAAAGCUUUGUCAGGAAACAUGGAAAGGCCUUUUUAAGGACCCACCGCUUUGGAUCUUUUGCCAGGGAGGAGGAGAACAUACCCUCUAAAUGGUAUGUGAAUGGCAAAACCUACAUGGAGGAUGUUGCCAAUGCACUGGAGGAGGCCAAAGAGGAGAUCUUCAUCACAGACUGGUGGCUGAGUCCUGAGAUCUUCCUGAAGAGGCCUGUGGUAGAGGGCAAUCGCUGGAGGCUAGACUGCAUUCUGAAACGCAAGGCUCAACAAGGGGUGAGGAUCUUUGUCAUGCUGUAUAAGGAAUUGGAGCUGGCACUCGGCAUCAAUAGUGAAUACAGCAAAAGAACACUAAUGCACCUUCACCCAAACAUCAAGGUAAUGAGACAUCCUGAUCAUGUCUCCUCCUCUGUCUACUUAUGGGCACACCACGAGAAGAUUGUAGUGAUCGACCAAUCGGUUGCUUUCGUGGGGGGAAUUGAUUUAGCAUAUGGUCGCUGGGAUGACCGGGAGCACCGGCUCAUAGAUGUAGGAAGUGUAACACGCUCUGUUGCCCAGGCCAUAGAGCAGGAACUGAAUUCAUCCACGCCAAAGAAAAAAGGUUCCUCGAGUGGAAAUGGCAGUCGCUCAAUGGUUGGUGAAGCAGCGGACCUGCCCAAACUGAAAGGCAUUGGUCGCACUCGCAAGGCACGUUUCAGCCUGUACCAUCACCUCCAGCGUGGCCUUCGCCAUGCCGACAGCAUCAGCAGCAUCGACAGCUCCAACAAGAGUGGCUCAGUGCACAGUCUGCAGACAGGAGUAGGAGAGUUAAUGGGGAACACACGCUUCUGGCACGGCAAAGACUACUGCAACUUUGUCUACAAAGACUGGGUUCAGCUGGACAAGCCUUUUGAUGAUUUUAUUGAUAGGUACACAACCCCCAGAAUGCCCUGGCAUGACAUCUCCUCAGUGGUCCAUGGGAAAGCAGCCAGAGAUGUGGCCAGGCACUUUAUACAGCGUUGGAACUUCACCAAGAUAAUGAAGCCAAAAUACAGAUCGCUCAUCUACCCGUUUCUACUGCCCAAAUCUCACAGUACGGGCAAUGAUCUGAAGUACAAAGUACCAGACUGUGUCCAGACCAAAGUUCAGGUAUUGCGGUCAGCUGCAGACUGGUCGGCGGGAAUCAAGCACCAUGAGGAGUCCAUUCAUAAUGCCUACAUUCAAGUCAUUGCCAAGAGCAAGCACUUCAUCUACAUUGAGAACCAGUUUUUCAUUAGCUGUGCCGAUAACAAACAUGUCUACAACAAGAUUGGCGAAGCCAUUAUUGAGAGAAUCAUCAGAGCUCACAAAGAGAAUAGGAAGUUCCGUGUGUAUGUGGUGACUCCUCUGCUGCCUGGCUUUGAGGGAGACAUCACCACUGGAGGAGGAAGCGCACUCCAGGCUGUCAUGCAUUUCAACUACAGAACCAUGAACAGAGGAGAGUACUCCAUAAUUGCUCAAUUGAAGAAAGAAUUGAACGACCAAUGGAUGAACUACAUCUCGUUUUGUGGUCUGAGGACCCAUGCUGAGCUGGAGGGCAGGCUGGUGACUGAACUCAUCUAUGUUCAUAGCAAGAUGCUCAUUGCUGAUGACAACACUGUCAUUAUUGGUUCUGCCAACAUCAAUGACCGCAGCAUGUUGGGAAAGAGGGACAGCGAGGUGGCUGUGAUUUUUGAAGACUCAGAAACAAUGCCAUCAGUGAUGGAUGGACAGGAGUAUCAGGCUGGCAAGUUUGCCCUGCAGCUCCGACUGGAGUGCUUUAAAACCAUUCUUGGUGGCUUUACUGAUCCAACUAUUGAUGUGACUGACCCCAUCAGUGACCGAUUCUACAAAGAUGUGUGGAUGACCAUCUCAGGUCGGAAUGCCACUAUCUAUGAGAAGGUAUUCCGCUGUCUGCCUUCCAGUCUGGUGCGGAACAAACAGGAGCUCUUGAAUUUCCAGUCCAAACCAAGUCUUGAUAAAGAGGACCCUGUGAAAGCUCAGGAGCUUUUGAAGAAGAUAAGGGGCUUCCUGGUUCAGUUCCCACUGGAAUUCCUCUGUGAGGAGAACCUCAUGCCCUCAGUAGGCACCAAAGAAGCCAUGGUGCCCACUGAGAUCUGGACCUGAUGCUGCCAAAUGCAAACCACAGAAAAGACAAUGCACAUCCAACAUGGGGAAAACAAAGAUACCACUCUGGUAGAAAUAUCUUUGGUUUUUAAAGCUCCACACAGACAUGAUAAGAAGGAGCAAUGGAUAUUUAUGGGCUAGUUCACAAAAAAAAAAAAAAAAAAAAAAAAAAAAAUCUGUCAUCAUUUACUCAUCCUCAUGUUGUUCCAACCCUGUAUGACAAGUUGUCCAAGUCAGAUGGGUUUAGAAUGAUUUGAGGGUGAGUAUAUGACAAUAAAAGUUUCAUUUUUGGGUGAACUAACCCUUUAAGGAAAACUGUGUAUCCUUUGUCAUUAAUGAAAUGGACAGUUUAAUAUUGUUGGACAGUUUAAUAUUGUUUUGUAUCUUUUAUCAAUGUUUUAAAUGUACAAAUUUUUAAAUACUAUUUUAUAAGCACCUUAAUUACCAGCACAUAUUAUUGUGCUUUUACUAUAAUGUGAUUAUCAAAGUUGCCUUUGUGAGAUCCCAAAACAAAACUAGGCCUUUUAAAUAAAUUAUUCUAAUGCACAAAAAGAGGAUCUGAUUUUAUUGCUAGAGAUGGCACAUUUGUAGAGACACUGCUCAAAGAGAAGGGUGAAAUGGAGAGUGGAAGCCCUGUCAUAUGUAAUUUGUCACUGCGGCCCAUUCUUCAAUGUUGUUUCCCCAGUGGGACAGCAUCCGUGACACGUUGAAUCCAGUAAUAUGUGUUUGCUGUCUGGUGAAUCUGCUCAUAGACUGAGUCUGCUGAGGCUCACACUGUCCAGUCUAAGUGUCAGUGCUAUGGAAAGACAAGACAAUCUGUCUGUGAAUUAAAGUGCUGAGUGUCUGAAGUUGUUGCUUCUCGACACCAAACAGCCAUGUGUGUCUCUCCCAGUUCUAUCUGUCCUGCCUCUAAAAUGUGGCAUGGGUCCGUUUUUCACGAGUCAGUGGUUGUUGUCAUUUUCACAUUCACCCUUGAUGUCAGAUAAUCAUCAGUAAGCUAUUUUCUGCAGUUACCCAUUUGUUUCUGAAUUUUUUUUUUUUUUUUUUUAAUGAAUUAAAGAGAAGGUAUUGGAAUAUGAAUGAAACAGUGACAAUUAAAAUGGCAAUACAACUAUGUAUCAUAACUGAAUAAUCUUAAAAAUUGAAGAGAUCUUACUCUCUUUUGGGCCCUACAUCAGCAUUGCUGUGAUUCGUAGGUAAUCACAGCAGUGCUGAUUUAGGGCCAUAUCGCAUGAUUGUGAGUGUGAUAUUGCUUAUAUAGAACAGUUCAAUGAAGAAGUAAAUAAAAAAAAAAAAAUUAGGAAAAACUGAAUACGGUCAUAAAAACGCAUUUGUGCAUGGAACUACUUUCUUACGCGGCAGAUCAGGCCAAACAUUCAAGGGUGUGUAAAUUUUUGAUCAGGGCCAUUUGGGUGAUUUCUGUUAUCAUUAUGAUUUAAAAAGGAGCCAAACAACUAUAUGAUAAUAAAUGGCUUCAUAUGAUCACUAUCCUUAAAUAAAAGACAGUUUUUUUGCAUGAUCAGUCAUAUUUUCAAAAUCAAUGCCAAAAUUUCACAAUUUCUGCCAGGGUAUGCAAAC